GUCUGCCGGUAUAACAUUUCAGUCUCCCAUGGGAUAUUAAUUUAACACACUGGAACCACUCUCCCAGAGGUAUAGAUAGAGAUGAGAACCGGAGCUAGUGAAUUAUAAAUCAGAGUCAGGUGGGGCAGGGUAAAGCAGAGAAAAUGCAGAGAGCUAAAGGGUGACUGAAGGCUGAAGUACAUAGGAGAUGGCUAGUGGAAGAUACUUCGAAGUUCAACAGGCGGACGGGAUUUGCCAGAGCUAGACCGCUAGAGAGGACCCCCUCGGCGGUGGGCGGAGAAAUUCAGUGCAAGCGAGCAUUUAACCAGAAUCAAAACAGGAACUGGGUAAGACAGAGGACAGAACAGCGGGAGGGUGUGAGUGAGAAAGGGAGCGUGGAGGAAGGAGGGGAGGUCAUCGAGGCAGGUCCCAGGUGAAGAGAGAUACAUCAGCAGGCAAAGCUGCCAACAGGAUAAAGCCCAGCCGGUCUGCUUGCGGUGUGGAAGGUCGGCGUUGGUCGGAAACAUGUUGGAGAGGGUAACCCGGGCACCGGCGAUGGUCCCGCUCCUCUGGACCACCCUGAUCUUCACUGGGUUAAGCAGCAGCGAGCAACCAGCGGCCCAGGACAUCAGCAAAGGAGUGGACUGGCUGACCCGUUACGGUUACCUGCCACGCCCGGACCCUAUGACGUCCCAGCUCCAGACCCUGGAGAGCUUGACCAGUGCCAUCAAGUCCAUGCAGAGAUUUGCUGGGAUUGAGGAGACUGGAAUUAUCGAUCAGAAGACGCUGGAAAUGAUGCGGAAACCGAGGUGCUCGCUCCCCGACAUUAUCGGCACCUCGGAGAUGAUGAGGAGGAAGAGGCGGAGGAGGAGGAGGCGGUACGCGCUCUCUGGGAGCGCCUGGGAGAAGAAGGUUCUCACCUGGAGGGUCAAUAAGUAUCCACAGGUAGCUGCUUUCCGGAAUCAGGACACAGUCACUAAUUUGCUAUACCAUGCCUUCCGGGUGUGGAGCAAUGUCUCGCCUUUGGAGUUCCAACAGUCGAGCGGGGAUGUAGAUAUCCUCAUUGAGUUUGGGAGGUCUCAGCAUGGUGACGGAUACCCGUUUGACGGAGCAGGGGGCACCUUGGCGCACGCCUUCUUCCCAGGGGAUUAUCCGAUAUCCGGAGAUACGCACUUUGACGAAGACGAGGUCUGGACCUACAACAGUAAAAGUGGUACAGACCUGUUUGCUGUUGCCAUCCACGAGUUCGGACACGCAAUUGGCCUCGGCCACUCCUCUGCUGGACAAUCGAUAAUGCAGCCUUACUACCAGGGUCCGGCCGGAGAUGUACAGAGUUACCAACUACCUCAAGAUGACAUCUAUGGGAUUGAACAACUGUACGGCAAGAAGCAAUCAGUUGGGAAUACGCCGGACGACGAUCCAGCCCUCAGCCCACGAAUCCCCGAAGUUCCUUAUCCUAGUAGCAAGCCUGGGUACAAAUCCCCUGAUCGCUGUACGGUAACAUUCGAUGCUAUUGCUAAUAUCCGAGGAGAAUCCUUCUUUUUUAAAGACCAUUACUUCUGGCGCAUACAACGUGCCGGCAACCUCGUCUCCCUGAAUCCGGCGCAGAUCAAUAACUUCUGGCAAGGGUUACCGGCGGACUUAAAGAAGGUUGACAGCGUCUACGAGAGGAUUACGGACCACAAGAUCGUCUUCUUCAUAGGUUCUCAGUAUUGGGUCUUCACCAACACGCAGGUGGAGUACGGUUAUCCACGGUCCAUUAGGGACUUUGGUCUGCCGGUAGACAGCGUGGAUGCGGUCUUUGUCUGGGCCCACAACGGCAAGACCUACUUCUUCAAAGACGACAAAUUCUGGAGAUUUGAUGACCAGAGUCAAAGAAUGGACUUGGGUUACCCCAAGGAAACGAGUCUCUGGAGAGGUGUGCCUUCUCACCUGGACGACAUCAUGUGCUUCACUAAUGGCACCACAUACUUCUUCAAAGGGCAAACCUACUGGAGGAUGGGAGCUGGUGAAAUUGAGGCUGAAUCUAAGGGUUCGACGCAUCGUGACUGGAUGCACUGUGACUUCCCAGAGGCCCCUCCUGUACCUAAAGACCCCAGGGUCGGGGGCUGUAGUUGCAUGCAGGAUCCGAACGCAGGCAGGGUCCUGAGCCCCAGCAGGGCCCUGCCACUGGCUGUUCUGGUGGCCCAUAUCUGCAGGCAGUACCUUCUGUUGGACUGAACUCUGAGUCUCAUUGUCUCCAACUGCCACCCCCUUGGAAAACCUUUGUCACAGGGCUUGUAAAGGGCACGGAACAAGUGCACACCUUGGGCCUCCUCUCCAGUGUCUUAACAGAGAAGCCGGAAGUAUUUUGAGCAAGGUGUUUUGUGAAAAUUGGUUAUAAUCACUUCCGGCUCUCUAUCCGCAUUUCUCUGCUCCCCUCCUCUUUACCUUUUGUUUUUUUUUCCUGUCCGGUGCCAAUUGCUCUUCUGUCUGUGUACACGGGGCACGUACGUGGUCAAUCCAGGCAGUGGGAUGAUGGGAUUAGUUUGACGAGCAUAAGCCAGCUGAAAGAACAAGGUGAUGGUCACCUUCUGCUGCAGAGAGAAUGGGGUCUUGGUAGUUGGAUGCAUCAUCAGUGCCUGCUGCCUCAGUGGCCCCUCCUUAGGGAAAGUGAGCGUCUCACGACUCAACCAUGCACUCGAUGCACCAACACACUCGAGUGAAGAAUUCACCUCUGACUUUGCACAAUCUUUGGCCAAUGGAAACCAAUUGAUUCUCCUUGGCAGCUUCAACAACUGAAUUGGAAAGGAGGUGAGCCAUUGGACAGGUAGGGCAGGCAAAAUGAAGGAAUGGCAAAAGAAUGGCAUACAAACCAGAAGCUUUUCACUGUAUCUCAGUAAAUGUGACAACAUUAAACCAGUACCAAUGUUCUUCUACUGAGAAGGUGAUUGGAACAGAAUCCUGGCACAAGCAAUGCCCAGUUUCACCAGAGAGGUGGGCAUGGUUGAGGUUAUUCUCCCCGCCCCAGGUGUUCCACCACUGACUAAGAACGUUGGCUUCUGUCAGCGAUCAGGCGCAGAAUUGCAAGGAACACUGCCCGAGACAAGUGGGCUGACCACCAACUAAGCCGAGGCCAGGAAUCACCCUGAUCCUUUAACAGUGAUGGUGCCAGAAACCAACAUUGAAAGACUCAAUGAUUACCCAAUAAGGAGAGCAUUUGUUUAGCAGUGGGAGUUCAUCCCCACUACCACCCUUCGGCUAUGACUACCCUUGUAGCCUUAGUAUCUCUUGGUGGUGGCAUCCGUCGGUCUCGAGAGACCAUGGAUCUGCACCUGGAGUUUUCAGGGCGCAGGCCUGGGCAGGGAGACCGGCAGCUUGGGCAACUGCCGGUGAAGGCAACAGUCCAAAGGAAGGGCACUAGGACCCAUGUGACCAGUGUCAUCGCACAGCAAUGUGUUGUUUGCUCAAGAACACAAACACGCUGUCUCAGCCGAGGCUCGAACCAGUGACCUUCAGGUUACUAGUCUGAUGCCUUGCCCACUAGGCCACACGCCAACACUUAAGAAACAUAUAACAUCUUGUACUGUCCUGGUUCACACUUUGCUGUGGGUAUUUCAUUUAGCAGCUCUGUAAGGGCAGUCUGUUCUGCUUUCAGCUUGUUGGGGUUAUCGUUGGAGAUAAGGGAUGAUGAGGAAUGUGUGUCGUCCAAUCAGGAUGGUGGAACUGGGAGGAGGUUUUUUUUUUGGUGAGGUUGGUCUCGGGGCUUUGGUUCGGUGUGAGAUGAAGAGGGAAGACGCUGGGGCGAACCGGUCGUAGGAUACCUGAGGUGGAUUGUGAACGACGUUCAGAAGGUGGUGCGUGCUUCGACGCAGUCCGAGGGCCCGGUGCCUGAGUGACAGAGAAGCUCAAGACAACUUGUGCACAUGGUAGUGACAUAUCGCACUAGGGGGAUAGUCACAACUCAGAAGUGGACCAAGAUGCCAUAUUAAACUAAUCCUAGUUGCCUAUAUAUGCUUUACACACCUAUCCAUUUCCUGCCUAUUUAUGUGUCUUGAAAACUGCUUUGCAUCUGUGUCAAACACGCCAGAUAAAAGAAUUGAAGUUUGUCCAACUACUUUCAGUUUAUACUUUCUAAUCCGGGUGACACCCUGAUAAACUUCCUUUCCAAAGCCUUCAGAUGUGGUGACCAGAACUUUACACAGUGCUCCAAACGUGACUUAACCAAGGUUCUAUGCAAUUGCAAUGUGACUUCCCAGUUUUUAUACCAACGAAGGCAAGAAUGCCCCAUACUUUUUCCACCCCGUCUCCUCAUGUCGCCACUUUCAGGGAGCUAUAGACUUGAACCCAAGAUCCCUCUGUUCAUCAACGCUCCUCGGGGUCAGAACCGGGUUUACUAUCCAUUGACAUACGUCGUAAGAAGUGUUUUUUUAGCAGCAGACAGUGCAAGUCAUAAAAAUUAUCAUAACUUUCAAAAUAAAUAAAUAAAUAGUUCCAAAGGGGAGUAGUGAGAAAGUGUUGUUGGGUUCAUGGGCCAUUCAGAAAUCUGUUGGCGGAAUGAACGAAAACAUUGCUAAAAUGUUCAGUGUGUGUCUUCAAGCCCCUGAUGGCAACAAUGAGAAGCCCUGAAUGAUUGAUGCCACCUUCUUGAGGUAUCACCUUUUGAAGAUGUCCUCAAUGCUGGGGAGGCAUUUUCCCCCUGAUUUUCUGCAUUUUUUUCUGAUCCUGCCCCUCCAUACGAGACGAUGAUGCACCCAGUUAGAAUGCUCUCAACGGUACCUCUGUCGAAAUUUGUGACUCUCCUUUGAUGGGAAAAUACCAAAAAUUUAAAACAAGUUAAAUGGCUAAUGUAAAAAGACAACUAAAGAUAUUACUGAGGAGGUGUACAUGGGUUCAAUGUCCAUUUGGAAAUCUGCUGGCAGAUGGGAAGAAGCUGUUUCUAACACAUUGGGUGUGGGUCUUUGGGCUCCUGUCCCUCCAUCUUGACGGCAGUAAAGAGAAGAGGGCAAGACCUGGAUGGUGAGGGCCUUCAAUGAUGGAUGACGUCUCUUGAAGAUGUGCUGCCAUUUACUGUACUCUUUCCUCUGACUUUUGUCCUCCAAAGUCCAAUACCUCACACUUUCCAAAAUAAACUUUAUCUUCCA